AGCUAACCCAUUUCCUAACGAGGCAGAAGCUUCCUGCUUCUGGUUGUAAACAGAAAGGAGUUGCAGCUGGCUGUGGUGGUCCACACUGCGCAGACCGGUCAUCCACACUUUUACAAUAGCUGUAUGUAUUUACAAUACAAUAUAUGAUAGAAUCUCCAAGACUUGAAAAGAGGGACAGAUGAAAGUGGAACAGAUCUAUAAAUUGGAGUAGCAGAGUUUGGUGGCAGCAGCAUGGCCAGUGGACAGCUGUCUAGAGAAGAGGCGUUGGCGUGUGUGGGGUGCAGACAUGCGUGUCACAUAUUGCUCUAUGCAGACACAGAAGCUCAGCUGUUCAAAAAAAUCCCCAUCAGACACAUCAUAUUGAUGCAGAUGCGUUUCGAUGGUCUGUUGGGUUUCCCUGGCGGUCUCGUUGACCCGUCAGAAGAAUCCCUAGAGGAGGGCCUGAGCAGGGAACUGUGGGAGGAGCUGGGCUUCUCACUGUCAGUCACCUUGGAGGAUCAUGUGUCUUCCUGCCACAACCCUUCCUCCUCUUCCUCUCACCUCAUUACUCACUUCUAUGCCCGGAGAAUGGAAGAGAAAGAGAUCAGGGAGGUCGAAAAGGCAGCUGCUAGCACAGCAACAGACCAUGGCCAUGAGGUGAUGGGGAUGGUCCGAGUUCCUCUCUACACACUAAAGGGAGGAGAAGGAGGGCUUCCCUCAUUCUUGUCCCACUCCUUUAUUGGGAACUCUCGCUCUCAGCUGGAGGACGCUCUAGUGCGCUUCGGCCUGGUGACACCCGAGGAGCUACAGACAGCACUCACACGCGCAGAGCAGAGGAGAAAACAACCUUGGGGAGGGGCAGCCUAAUCACACACACAAUGUAAGAAAUUACAUUCAAUAUUACUUUUUCCUGUUAGUAUGUUACACACAGUUCUGUAUUAUAAAAUUGUAUAACUUACUCUAUAUACAGUUGAAGUCGGAUGUUUACAUACACCUUAGCCAAAUACAUUUAAACUCAGUUUUUCACAAUUCCUGACAUUUAAUCCUAGUAAAAAUUCCCUGUCUUAGGUCAGUUAGGAUCACCACUUUAUUUUAGGAAUGUGAAAUGUCAGAAUAAUAGAGAGAAUUAAUUCUUUCAGCUUUUAUUUCUUUCAUCACAUUCUCAGUGGGUCAGACAUUUACAUACACUCAAUUACUAUUUGGUAGCAUUGCCUUUAAAUAGUUUAACUUGGGUAAAAUGUUUUGAGUAGCCUUCCACAAGCUUCCCACAAUAAGUUGGGUGUAUUUUGGCCCAUUCCUCCUAACAGAGAUGGUGUAGCUGGGUCAGGUUUGUAGGCCUCCUUGCUCGCGCACACUUUUUAAGUUCUGUACCACACAUUUUCCAUGGGAUUGAGAUCAGGGCUUUGUGAUGGCCACUCCAAAACCUUGACUUUGUUGUCCUUAAGCCAUUUUGCCACAACUUUGGAAGUAAGCUUGGGGUCGUUGUGCAUUUGGAAGACCCAUUUGCGACCAAGCUUUAAUUUCCUGACUGAUGUCUUGAGAUGUUGCUUCAAUAUAUCUACAUAAUUUUCCUACCUCAUGAUGCCAUCUAUUUUGUGAAGUGCACCAGUCCCUCCUGCAGCAAAGCACCCCCACAACAUGAUGCUGCCACCCCCGUGCUUCACGGUUAGGAUGGUGUUCUUCGGCUUGCAAGCCUCCCCUUUUUCCUCCAAACAUAAUGAUGGUCAUUAUUGCCAAACAGUUAUAUUUUUGUUUCAUCAGACCAGAGGACGUCUCCAAAAAGUACGAUCUUUGUCCCCAUGUGCAGUUGCAAACCGUAGUCUGGCUUUUUUAUGGUGGUUCUGGAGCAGUGGCUUCUUCCUUGCUGAGGCCUUUCCUUUGUCGUUAUAGGGCUCGUUUUACUGUGGAUAUAGAUACUUUUGUACCUGUACCAAAGUACGUUCAUCUCGCUCAGGACGACUGCGUGGUCCCAUGGUGUUUAUACUUGCGUACUAUUGUUUGUACAGAUGAACGUGGUACCUUCAGGCGUUUGGAAAUUGCUCCCAAGGAUAAACCAGACUUGUAGAGGUCUACAAUUUUUUUUCUGAGGUCUUGGCUGAUUUAUUUUUAUUUUCCAGUGAUGUCAAGCAAAGAGGCACUGAAUUUGAAGGUAGGCCUUGAAAUACAUCCACAGGUACACCUCCAAUUGACUUAAAUGAUGGCAAUUAUUCUAUCAGAAGCUUCUAAAGCCAAGCUGUUUAAAGGCAGUCAACUUUAGUGUAUGUAAACUUCUGACCCACUGGAAUUGAUACAGUGAAUUAUAUGUGAAAUAAUCUGUCUAAACAAUUGUUCGAAAAAUUACUUGUCAUGCACAAAGUAGAUGUCCUAACCAACUUGCCAAAACUAUAGUUUGUGGAGUGGUUGGAAAAUUAGUUUUAAUGACUCCAACCUAAGUGUAUGUAAACCUCCGACUUCAAUCUGUAGCCUUCAUGUUAAAUAAUGUAAUGUACACAAUCAGCUACUAGAUGGCAGACAGAACAACGUAACUCCUGGGUUCCCAAAAGCAUUUUAAGACUAGUAAAUUAAUCGUUAGAACCUUCAUAGGAGCAUUGUUAAAUCUCCGAGCUGUUUCCCCAAAUCCAUAGUUAUUUACAUUGCACUUCUAAACACUCAUAAUUUAACACCAGCCUAAGACCACUUGUAGAACAGCUAAGUGGGUCAUUAGAGGUUGUUUGCCCUUCCGUGUCCAUUUAUACAAAAGAUCUCGGCUAAACAUUGAAUCACAUGGUUUAUCCACCUCUGUGACCACCGAUAACUUCAGAAAAAAGUUGACUUCAAAUAAAGUAGCCAAUGUCUUUGCAAUUGAUACAAACAAGCAAUGUACAGAGUAUACCAAACAUUAGGAACACCUUCCAAAUAUUGAGUUGCCCUCAGAACAGCUUCAAAUUGUAAGGGGGAAGGACUCUACAAGGUGUCUAAAGUGUUCCAGAGGGAGGCUGGCCCAUGUUGACUCCAAUGCUUCCCACAGUUGUGUCAAGUUGAUUGGAUGUCCUUUAGGUGGUGGGACCAUACACACGGAAAAUUGUUGAGCAUUAAAAACCCAGCAACAUUGCAGUUCUUGACACAAACCGGUGCACCUUGCAUCUACUACCAUACCCCGUUCAAAGGCACUUAAAUCUUUUGUCUUGCCCAUUCAACCUUUGAAUGGCACACAUACAGUGGCUUGUGAAAGUAUUCACCCCCCUUGGCAUUUUUCCUAUUUUGGGGGGAUUUGUAUCAUUUGAUUUACACACAGAUGCAAAAUAUUUUUUGUGAAACAAACAAAUAACAAACACACACACACACACAAAAAAAACUUGAGCAUGCAUAAAUAUUCCACCUUUUGCAGCCAUUACAGCUGCAAGUCUCUUGGGGUGUGUCUCUAUAAGCUUGGCACAUCUAGCCACUGGGAUUUUUGCCCAUUCUUCAAGGCAAACUGCUCCAGCUCCUUCAAGUUGGAUGGGUUGCGCUGGUGUACAGCAAUCUUUAAGUUUUACCACAGAUUCUCAAUUGGAUUGAGGUAUGGGCUUUGACUAAGCCAUUCCAAGACAUUUAAAUGUUUCCCCUUAAACCAGUUGACUGUUACUUUAGCAGUAUCCUUAGGGUCAUUGACCUGCUGGAAGGUGAACCUCCGACCCAGUCUCAAAUCUCUGGAAGACUGAAACAGGUUUCCCUCAAGAAUUUCCCUGUAUAUAGCACCAUCCUUCAAUUCUGACUAGUUUCCCAGUCCCUGCCGAUGGAAAAACAUCAUCACUGCAUGACAGUGCCACCACCAUACUUCACUGUGGGGAUAGUGCUCUCGGGGUGAUGAGGUGUUGGGUUUUCGCCAGACAUAGCGUUUUCCUUGAUGGCCAAAAAGCUACAUUUUAGUCACAUCUGAUCAGAGAACUUUCUUCCAUACGUUUGGGGAGUCUCACGUGCCUUUUGGCGAAAACCAAAUAUGUUUGCUUAUUUUUUUUUCUUUAAGCAAUGGCUUUUUUUCUGGCCUCUCUUCCGUAAAGUCCAGCUCUGUGGAGUGUACGGCUUAAAGUGGUCCUAUGGACAGAUACUCCAAUCUCCGCUGUGGAGCUUUGCAGCUCCUUCAGAGUUAUCUUUGGUCUCUUUGUUACCUCUCUGAUUAAUGCCCUCCUUGCCUGGUCCAGGAGUUUUGGUGGGCGGCACCCUCUCUUGGCAGGUUUGUUGUGGUGCCAUAUUCUUUCCAUUUUUUUAUAAUGGAUUUAAUGGUUCUCCGUGGGAUGUUCAAAGUUUCUGAUAUUUUUUUAUAACCCAACCUUGAUCUGCACUUCUCCACAACUUUGUCCUUGACCUGUUUGGAGAGCUCCUUGGUCUUAAUGGUGCUUAGUGGUGUUGCAGACUCUGGGGCCUUUCAGAACAGGUGUAUAGUAUAUAUACUGAGAUCAUGUGACACUUAGAUUGCACACAGGUGGACUUUAUUUGACUAAUUAUGUGACUUCUGAAGGUAAUUGGUUGCACCAGAUCUUAUUUAGGGGCUUCAUGGCAAAGGGGGUGAAUACAAAUGCACGCACCACUUUUCCAUUUUUAAUUUUGGAUUUUUUUUUUAAACAAGUACUUUUUUUUCACUUCACCAAUUUGGACUAUUUUGUGUUUGUCCAUUACAUGAAAUCCAAAUAAAAAUCCAUUUAAAUUGUAUUUUGUUGUAACGCAACAAAAUAGGGAAAACACCAAGUGGGAUGUAUACUUUUCCAAGGCACUGUAAACAAUGUCUCAAGGCCAAAAAAAACCUUUAACCUGUCUCCUCCCCUUCAUCUACACUGGUUGAAGUGUAUUUAACAAAUGACCAUAGCUUUCACCUGGUCAGUCUUGUGUCAUGCAAAGAGGUGUAUUUUAUAUUUUGUACACUGUAUAAGAAGAUGCUUCAAAUGAAUACCAGGAUGACUGCGUUCAAAUAUAAAUACAGGCUAUAGGUCUAUUUCAAUCAUAUUGAAAUACAUUUCAUGUUCAAUCAAUGGAGUUAUAUUUUGCUACUUGUAGGUUAAUGUCUGUAAUUUGUCUCAAUAUAGUUCAUGAUGUGUAGCCUAAUGUGCGCAAUGAUUUGCCAAAUUUAGAUUUAGUGCAUUAUAGAGUAAGCAUUAGAAUUAGCCACCUCAAUAUUUGCAGCCAUAGGUGAUAUCUUUUUAGGAGCUGAUACAUUGUCGGUAUUGAGGAAUAAUUCUAAUAUUAAAGGUAAGAUUUGAAUGGAGAAAGCUGAUCCAAGAGCAGCAUUGCCUUUCUUUCGAUCCUAUCAGUAUCCAGACACGCCUGAGCGAACGUUGUAGGAAAGAUGCAUCGUUGGCCAGUGGCCUACGACACUGCAUCUCAGUGCAAGAGGCAUCCCUGCAGGACCUGGUUUGAAUCCAGGCUGCAUCACAUCCGGCCGUGAUUGGGAGUCCCUAAGGGCACAAUUGGCCCAUCGUCGUCCGGGUUUGGCCCGGGGUAGGCCGUCAUUGUAAAUAAGAAUGUUCUUAAUAACUGACUUGCCAAGUUUAAAAGGUUAAAUAAAUACUCAUAAGCCUAACUUCAAUCACUAUCGGGAGACCGGGCCUUGGUCAAGAAAGGCAGAGAAAAGUGCUGUUUGGUAUUAACACGGUGCAUUAGAGCCAGCAGUGGAGGAGUACUGAGCAAAGGUUUACAUUAAAUUCCUCCACACUUUGAAAGACAACAGCAGUGAGUCUCAAUACUCUGAAAUGCUGCAGAUCUGCAACACUGCCAUUGUGCACAGCAACAGAGGAGAGAUCCUUCUCCAAGCUGAAUUUGACUACGCCUCAUCUUGGUGGUCAAAACGGAGAGUUGUAAAGCAAGGGCGAGGGACUGGGAUUGCUUGUGUGCGUUAGCGCUUGAAUGAAAAGAAAAAGACAAUUGUACAAUUUAGUGGUUUUAUUAGUCAAACUCUGCAGCCAAAUCAGCAUCUGUGGAAUAUCCACUGAUGUUUGUAGUGUGUAAAAAAACAAAAACAAAUGUACCCUCAUACUGUAAGUCAGUGCAGCCAUUGGUGGGUCCUAGAGCUCAUCAUGUUCAUAGAUAUUGUAUUCCUUCACCGUUAUCAAUCCAUCUCUAUCGUGGUCACUCUUCAGGAACACAUCAUUCACCAUUCUCUCAUAGAAGGAGUCUUCACGGGGUUUACUACCAUCUCUCUCAUACUCCACCUUGAAGUAGAAUGUCAUCUACAAAACAACAAAACAUGGGUUAGUCCUCCUCUGAACAAUGGACAAUUUAAUUGAAGACAUGAUGCAUGAUCACCCCAGACUAACAUUGUCCAGAAGGCUGUCUUCAGUUUCUUUGCUCAGACUUGUGAAUAUAGGUGAACUAGCAUACCUCAUCCCUAGUGAGAACCUUGUCGUCAUCCAGGUCUAUAUCUCUGAAGGACUCCAGGCUGCGUGGCCCUUUGGACACAGAGUAGAGCUCCACAUCGAAGAUCAAUGUAGCAUUGGGUGGGACAGGACCUAGUAAACCAGACCAAUUGUUAGUUUUAUUUCUUAUUCUUUAUUUUAUUUUUACUGCAUUGUUGGUUAGGGCUUGUAAGUAAGCAUUUCACUGUAAGGUCUGUUGUAUUCGGAGCAUGUGACAAACAAAAAUUGAUUUCAUUUUAAAUACAUUACAGCAAUAUUCUCCCCAAAGUGAAAACAAAAUAGUGACAUCCAAACACAAUGGCAACACUCUUUGGACUGACUCACACAGAAACACAACAUUUAAUACUGUAAUGACAAUGUUUUCAGACGGAAUAACUUAGUUUCCAAUUUGACAUUUCUAGUUUAUUCGCUAUAGUAAUUAGUUAAUUUCUUUCUCCUUUCCAGCAGUUAUAAAUGUUAAUAUAAUAGUUCAUGCCAUUGCCAUACAAAGAAACAUGCUAAAUACUUCAACACACGGCAUGCAUUCAUGGUAGCUACUCCCUCUACAAAGACAAUUAUACAAUAAAGAGUGGACCAGAUGUAAUCCUAAUCCCAUCCCAAGCCACCACUGUUCAAGACUUGAAACAUGCAUGCAAAGCUGCUGUUUGAGUAUCAGCUGUAAUGCUGUGAAUGCACCAUAUGCCCAACAUGCUUACAUGCCAAGAGGAAGCAGUGCGGUGUACACUGUCAGGGGAGGAAAUCCUUCAAAGAAACGGCUGUGGAAAUAACACACGAUAAGCAAAAAAUGAAGAAAUAGGUGUUAGUUCAAGAAGAUUGAAUGAAUGUCCCUUGAAAUUGUAUUAAAGUUGUGAAUUGUUUAUGUAAAAUGUUGGCUUUAAUAUGAUAUAUUAUUACAUUUCUUAUCACAUGGA